AUGGUCCUCGUCCUUGUCAUUGGAGAUCUCUACAUCCCCAAUCGCGUACAUGACCUCCCUGCGAAGUUCAAGAAACUCCUGGUGCCCGGCAAGAUCCAGCAGAUCCUCUGCACAGGAAACGUAUGCGACCGCGAGACGUACGACUAUCUUCGAACAGUAGCGAGCGACGUGCAUGUAACAAGAGGAGACUAUGACGAAAGCUCAGCGUUCCCGUUCUCUGUCACUGUGACCCACACUCCGAUAAAGAUAGGCGUCAUACAUGGACAUCAAUGUGUGCCAACAGGAGACUUGGACGCACUUGCAGGUAUCGCGCGUCAGCUGGACGUGGAUGUACUUGUAUCCGGCCAUACACAUACCUUCCAAGCUAUCGAAUAUGACGGAAAGUUCUUUGUGAACCCAGGGAGUGCGACGGGGGCUUGGACGGGUCUGCCUACUGCCGCCCCAAAUCCAACACCAUCAUUCGCUCUUCUCGACAUUCAAGGGCCUGUCGUCGUGACAUACGUGUACCAGCUGGUGGAUAACGAAGUGCGCGUGGAGAAGAUAGAGUACCGCAAAGAGCUCGUGCCUGCCAAUGAAUCGAGGUGCAGCACCGUUAUGCCGCAGAACAUCCCAAGUUCCCCUGCUCACCAGUCUGUCUGGUGA